AUGAACCGAGUACAAGACAAGGUCACGGCAGCAUCCGGGUACAACGAGACGGUUGAGCAUGUCCGGGACGCCGAAUAUCCUACUUUGAAGGAGGUCAUCUACCUGGAUCACGCCGGGUCUACGAUAUACGCACGGUCUUUGAUCCGCUCCUAUGCCUUGGACCUCCAGUCGAGCCUGUAUGGAAACCCUCAUUCGGACAACACCCCAUCUAGGGUUUCCGGUGCCAGGGUCGAUGCCAUUCGAAUACAAUUACUUCACUUCUUCGGCGCAGACCCUAACCACUUUGACCUCGUUUUCACAGCCAAUGCCACUGCUUCAAUUAAACUGGUGGGCGAGUGCAUGUCGAACUAUGCUCGCUCCCGUCGGGCAUCUCCGUUCAGCAAGCGACGCGGCUUCAACUAUGUAUAUCACCAGGACUCCCACACGAGCCUCGUAGGAUUGCGCGAGAUAGCCACCGGUAGAAGCAUGUGUUUACGCAGCGACCGAGCCGUUGAAGAUUGGAUUGACCGGGGGGAGGGUUUCAGCAAGAGGGAUGUCACCUUGUUUGCAUAUCCGGGGCAGAGCAACAUGACCGGAAGACGGACACCUCGUUCAUGGCCGGCUCGGAUUCGCCGAAGCCAUAGCGAUACAUAUGUUCUAUGGGAUGCCGCCGCAUAUGCAUCCACCGCUCCCCUGAAUCUUUCAACCGCCGAAUCCGCUCCUGACUUCACGGCGGUCUCGUUAUACAAGAUAUUCGGCUAUCCUGAUGUUGGCUGUCUGAUAGUCCGCAAGGCCGCAGCUUCUAUGCUCCAGCAACGACGGUACUUUGGCGGCGGAACUGUCGACAUGGUCGUCAACUCUUCCUCGUCUACUAUAUCUCCCUGGCACGCAAUGAAAUCAGACUCACUGCACGACAUCCUCGAAGAUGGUACCCUGAACUUCCACUCCAUUGCCGCUAUUCCGCAUGCCAUCGAGGCUCAUCGCCAGUUGUUCGGCACCAUGGGCAACAUCUCCUCCCACUGCGCCUAUCUAGCGGCACAUCUAUAUACACAGCUGGCAUCUCUUCGGCAUUCAAAUAACUCCCCACUUUGUCGGAUCCAUACCGGCUCACAACAACCCGGUUUUGGAGAUCCCUCCCUUCAAGGACCGACCGUCGCUCUUUCUGUCCUCGAUCCGUCAGGGAACAUUCAUGGGUAUGCAGACGUCGAACGGCAUGCAGAUAAAGACAAGAUAUACCUCCGCAGCGGAAGUGUCUGUAAUCCCGGCGGCAUGGCAUACCUUGGAUGGACCAACAUGGAAGACAUGAAGAUCGCGUGGAACGCUGGUCAUCGUUGUUCUCAUCCCAUUCAAGAAGUUCACGGGCAGGCUACCGGUAUUGUACGAGUCAGCCUUGGGGCAAUGAGCACGUUGGCCGAUGUCGAGGGAUUCGUGGAGUGGUUGAGCAGGAACUACCUUGAUCGCCACAUUGGACUUUCAUAUUCGAGGCAGCCAGGGGAGUCCGAGUGCUCCUUUGACAUGGUCAAGGAGAAGGCAAUUGGACAGGAGAGGAGUCGGUUGGGAAAGGCGUCUAGCCGUGUGCGGAUGAUUCUUUGUUGGCGCUACUGA